AUGGUCAUUUUUGCUUUUCAACCAGCGAACGUUAACGCUGGUCCUAUCGCUUACGCAGUUUGUCAAAGUGCAUGUAACAUUGGUUGGGUCUCUUGUUAUGCGUCUGCUGGAUUAGUCGCUGGAACUGUCACUGGAGGUCUUGGUACUCCAUUUGCAGCUAUUGCUUGUAAUGUCGCUCAAGGUGCUUGUAUGGCAGGUUGUAUUGGUUUAUUAACCGCUCCAACUCCCUAA